UAGUACACAAGCAGCAGAGCCCCUCUCCCCUCUCCUUUAGAGAACACUGUUGAUAGAAACCUCCUGUUGUUUAUUCUCACUGGGAAGCAGCAAGAUGAAUACUGGUUGACUUUUAACGGAGAUAAUCUUUCUGGGAGGAGGUCUGAAGAAAGGCAAGUUGCAGGUGAUAAGAAAUGAGUGUGAUGAUGCACUGGUUGCCGCUGCUCCUUCUCCUGGUCAGCUUUGGCUCACCUGCACCCAGGUUCUCGGACAAAGAUAUCUGCCUCCUAGACAACAGUAAAUUAAGACAAAGGUUAAAACAUCUUCAAGACUUGCUUUACUUAUAUGAAUUGCAGCUGAAGGACAUACUGGAGAACACAUACCACAGAACGAAAAGUGAACUGUUCUCAGGCAACAGGAGCAUGCAGCAUGAGACACUUUUACCCACAACCAGUGGAAAUUUGAUAGUGUAUGACCAAGAUUGCUCUGCAGUGUAUGGCCGGAAGAGCACCACAAGUGGCUACUACCGGAUCAGGCCCAGAGCGGAGCGAGAGCCCUUCCUGGCAUUCUGUGACAUGUCUGAUGGUGGGGGCUGGACUGUCAUUCAGCGGCGCAGUAACGGCAAGGAGAAUUUCAACAGGAAAUGGGAUGAUUACAAACUGGGAUUUGGGAAAUUCCAGGGCAAGAAUGAUGAAUACUGGCUGGGCAAUGACCACAUCCAUGACCUGCUUGCUAGAGGAGAGAACUCAUUAAAGAUUGACCUGAUGGACUGGCAUGGGGAAAGACGUUAUGCAAUCUAUGAAAAUUUCCAGCUUGCAAAUGAGCAGGAAAAUUACAGGUUAUGGUUUGGCACCUAUUCUGGUAAUGCUGGCGACGCUCUGUCUGGUGGGAGUAAUUUUGAAGAUCAGUGGUCAGCUUCUCACAGAGGGAUGCAGUUCACCACAUUUGAUAAGGAUCACGAUCAAUUCCUGGCUGGCAACUGUGCAUCAGAGAACAAGGGUGGCUGGUGGUUUAACAGGUGCCAUGCUGUAAACCUCAACGGGCGAUACUACAAAAGAGGGAAGUACAGUGGACCCCAUGAUGAUGGCUUGGUUUGGUCUACAUGGCACGGGAUGUGGUACUCACUGAAAUAUUCAGCCAUGAAAAUCAGGGCUCCAUUCUUUAUCGAUGGAGAGAGCGGAGAUGGUGACAACAGUCAGGGCAGCUGAAACCUGCUGCUUUGGAAAGAGAAAAAGCACAGGCUGAAAAGAAUGGUGUAAGUUGAUAGCCAGUGCUCUGCUGCUGCUGAUCACCAAACCUGCACUUGAUAGCUGGAGUUGCACCUGCUUCUGCUACCUGAAGCUAACGGCACGAGUUGUUUGAGCACAGCCAGACAAUUUAAUAAAAAACAUAUGGAUCACAGUCACAAGAAAACAAGAUUUAUUUUUCAGCAGUUUUCAAGAUUUUGUUGAAGAAUGUUUAUUGAAAGUUCUCUGGACUUAGAAGGAUCAAGCGUGUCCUUUAAUCAAUCUAUACUUUCUAAGGUAUAAACCUUUCUCAUCUUGAUUUUAACCAUCAGUGUUUCAGUUAUGAGAAUAUCAGGAUAGAAAGAACAAGGGGACAGGGAAUUGGACUUCAUCUGUUGUGCCUUUGUUAGUGCUUUGCUCUGCAUCAGGAGAAUGUUUUUAAGCAACUUUCCCUAUGGUUCUAAUUGCCACACUUCAGUUGCAGAGUGCUCCUGGAGUGUGUGAAACCAAACCUGUGGAUGGACAUGCUCCAACUGCUAGUCUGCAUCCAGACUAAGGCUGCUUCAAAGUAAACACCCGCAAUAUGGACAGUGUGAAUUCCAUUCCAGUAGCUUCCCACUGCAGAUCCACUGCUAUAGUACAGCACAAGACUUUAAAGCAGACAAAGACAAUCCUGCCAACCAGAUUUAAACGGCAGAUUAAAAUUAUGCAGAUUUUACUAAAAUUAAGGUGAAUGCAGAUAUUCCUAGGAGUUCCUAAAAUGCAGUCACAAUUCAUAUAUUCUCCUGUAAUUUACCAGAUGACUUUGCAUUAGUGAAGGGGAAUCAGAAAGUGGUUGAACCACAAGGCACACUGCUUUCAUUGUCUCACUGGGGUGGAAUGAAAGAGCAACACAAAUUAAAGAAAUGGAAUAUUGAAAAUUUAUUUUCUACAGCUGUUAAUAACAACAGUUAAAAAUGAACAGCAGUAUCAGCUUGAUGCAAAUAAUUUAACUACCAUGCUGUAGAAUAAACCUGUUUCCCUUUUUUCUGAUUUUUCUAAAUUUUUAACUGGUAUUACUUUUCCGUUUAUUUGCUUUUAUAUCCAUACAUACUGUAAUUUGUAUACAUAUUGAUAAAGAGUGAAAUAAAACCAUCUGAGUAGGACUUAAUACGUUUUAUCUAGUUUUCAACAAUAGGAAUGUGAACAGAAAUCUGGAUCAAAAUCUUGGAAAGCUCAUAAUAAAAGAAAUGUAUUCUUUCA